ACUCCGGCGCGCACACACAGCCGAGGCGCGAGCGUCGCGUUCACGCUUCUGCAGGAGGAAGCGCUACUAUUGUAUUAUAUUAUUCCAUUAUUUAAACUGCCGAAGGUGACUCGUCGGGUGUCGCGUCGCUGGGAUGGAUCUCCGCUGUCACUGUGGACAUGGACCCCACCUCCUCACAGGGACACAGAGAUGAGGCCCAUGUGGAGGAUGUGAGGAUGCGUGAGCGUCUGCUGUGGGACGAGCCACUGCAGAUCUCCUGGCUGAUGGAGGCCGAGCCGUUCACCUCCUCCCUCCAGACGGGGGGUCCUGUGGCAAGCGCCAGCAUGACCCUGGAGCAGAAGACCACCUUUGCCUUUGUCAUCUUCCUCCUCGUCUUCCUCUGCAUUCUGAUUGUGCGCUGCUUCCGCAUCCUGCUGGACCCCUACCGCAGCAUGCCCACCUCCACCUGGGCAGACGGUCUGGACGGCCUCGAGAAGGGCCAGUUUGAUUACACGCUGGCAUAGAGACACACACACACACACACACUGACUCACACACACAUGCUCCCACAGAGUGCUGGGCAUCCUGAAGUCAUACACAAACAUGUGUAGAAAUACAUCAAGAAUACAUUAAUUCUGCAUAUGAGCAGCUCCGUCACAAGCUUGUGAAGACUAUAACACACACACAUGCACGCUGUGCUCACUGCCAUCCACAUACACUUCACACUCCUCUGUUUGAGAAGAUGAGUGUGCAGUGCUUUAUUCCAGGCCAAAUGGAUCUUGAGCUCUUAUUAGCUGCCAAGUACAAAUCUCUAGAAGAGAAGCUCUUUCUAAGACUGUUUAUAAGCACUUCAUAUGACGCUUUUGUCGAAAUAGCCUUAAAAAAACUUGCACUGUAAUCAUCUACCGUCAAAGUUUACAUGAUUCAUUACUGGCAAUUACUGCAGUGCUUCUGGUCACAUCCUCUCCUUUUUAGAAAGCUGGAGGUGAUAUGAAUACGCAGUUAGGAUAGGCUGUUAGAUGAGCUGUUUGAUUCAUGUGUGUGUGCAAUAUGUGGCUCACUUCACAGGUUCUGUAUGUCUAAAAAAAGUUCAUUGAUGGUAGGAACGCAGGAUCUGUCAGCCUUAGCACGAUAAAUACUCUUAGAUAACGUCUCUACUUGUAUAUUCGUAGGCUGCCAUCAGGAGAAGAAUUGUAACAUGAAAUCUCAUGACCCAUUUGAGCCUUUGAGCCGAACGCUAAUCUUGAAAAUCCAUGUUUUUGAAAGCCGAUAGUCACACAGAGAUAACAAUGUGAACGUUCCUCUGCCCCGUCGAUCAUCAUCUCACAGAUGAUUGUGAAGAUUUGUGUUGCACUACUUCAUUGUACCUGCUGUCACUGUGAAAAAGCUGACAAGCUUUAGAGCACUUAGUAAAGGACGUAUAUUCAAACACAAAAUUAUUCUGAAUUAUGAUGCUUUGUUUUAAAGUGUCACAACCUCAUUUAUGAUUCAGAGAUAAUUAAUAAAACAU